AUGUGGCCGAUCCAUUUCCAUUUGUUUUCCUUGACUGUAGCGUACAACUACAGUCAAGUACAACUAUACAUCUAUGAAAAUAAAGUACAACUAGCAUAUCCUUGUGCCGGUGUCCAAUGCACCGAGCCUGAAGUGUGCCAGUUGGAUGAGCACCGCAACCCCGUCUGCCGAUGUGGAGACCCCUGUCCCUUGGAGUUUACUCCAGUAUGCGGCUCCGACGGAAAAACUUAUUCGAAUGAGUGUACCCUGCGACAGGAGGCUUGCCGAGCCAGAAAGCCGAUGAAUAUUAUUUACCGGGGAAAAUGCAGUUCAGGUAUCAAUCCUUGCAUAAGUGUUCACUGUGUGGCCGGAGAAGAAUGCAUCAUCAACAAAUUUGGAAUCGCCCAUUGUCAGUGUGCAGACACUUGUGAGCCAGUUAUGAGACCUGUUUGCUCUAGGGAUGGAAGAACCUUUCCUUCAGAAUGUGAGUUGAAGAGAACUGCCUGCCUAACGAGGACAAACAUGAAAGUAGCAUAUACAGGAAUAUGCGGCGAGAAUGGUCCUUGCAGCGAGCACGAAUGUCAAUUUGGAGGUACUUGUAUAGAGAGGGCCGGAACGGCACAUUGUGAAUGUCCGGAGUGCCCUGCAGAAUUCGAACCAAUUUGUGGUUCCGAUGGAAUUUCUUACAGUAAUGAGUGCAAGCUUAGACUAGAAGCAUGUAAACACCGGAGGAAUAUUACUGUGCUGUAUCGUGGACCUUGCAAUGGUUGCGAGAGUAAAAAGUGCGAUUUUUACUCAGAAUGUGAAAACGACGGAACAUCGGAAGGACACUGUAUUUGUCCACAAUCAUGCACUGAUUCUAAGUUAAAUAAUGGAACGGUUUGUGGAACUGAUGGUAUUACUUAUCCAAGUGAAUGUGAGCUUCGACAGGCUUCUUGCAAAACAAAGCAAUACAUAAUAUUAGCCUACAAAGGAAAUUGUGAUUUAUGCCAAGGUGUGCAGUGUAAGUUUGGAGGCCGAUGUGAAGCAGGAGAAUGCGUUUGUCCUAAAAACUGCGAAGAAGCAGGUGAAGAACCAGUAUGUGCUUCAGAUAUGAUGACAUAUCCCAACGAAUGCGAAUUGCUAAAAGCAAGGUGUGCAAAAGGUUCCAAAACUGCUCCAAUUUCAGUCGUGUUCUAUGGAGAUUGCAGGGAGAAAUUUCCUUCUGCUGGCUCCUUGAGCACUACCUUUCCUAACCUUACGGAACAAAGAACUAAUCAGAAGACAGGCCAAGACAUGGAAGUAGUAGUGCCACAGCUCACUGGAAAUUCUAUCUUAGAUGGUAUUACUACAGAAAAAGAAGCUUGCAAAGAUAUACUCUGCGAUUUUGAAGCCACUUGUGAAGUAGGUCCUGAUAACUUCCCGAGAUGUACGUGUCAGUUUAACUGCGCAAAUGCGUAUUCUAGUCCAGUUUGCGCUUCUGAUCUUCGAAUUUAUUCGUCACUUUGCGCUAUGAAGAUGGAAGCUUGUCAGCGACAGGAGGAACUCAGACUUAGACCUCUGGAUUUGUGUCAAGGGAUGGAAGUUAAGCCUUGCAAAGGUGAGAAGCCGUUGACGGACCCUGUGACAGAACGAGAACUUGACUGUGGUAAUGGCCCCUUCAGACAGGACUGUCCAGCGGGAAGUUAUUGCCAUCAGACGGCCAAAUUUUCCAAGUGUUGUCGAAAAAAUGAAGCAGUAGUAGAGAAAAAAGACUGCGAAGAAAGUUGGUUCGGUUGUUGCCCAGAUGGAAAAACACCGGCUCAAGGUCAAAAUUUUGGUGGCUGUCCAUCUAUUUGUGAGUGCAACAAAUUAGGGUCGUACUCAGAUAUUUGCGAUCCAGAAACCAAACAGUGCAAAUGCAAGCCUGGCGUUGGGGGAACCAAAUGUGAUCGAUGUGAGCCUGGUUUUUGGGGACUACCGAAAAUAUCUGCUGGAUACCAAGGCUGCAUACCUUGUGGUUGCUCAACUUUUGGUUCAGUAAGAGAUGAUUGUGAGCAAAUGACCGGAAGGUGCGUUUGUAAACCGGGAGUUCAGGGACAAAAAUGUACAAUAUGUACAAACCAUAAUAAGUACUUGGGGCCCAACGGAUGUGUUUCAGCGUCCAUGGCCAAUCCGUCAACCUGUGCAGAAAGGAACUGUUACUUUGGAGCAGUAUGUAUAGAAAAGGAUAGAAAAGCACUGUGUGAAUGUCACUUGAAUUGCACAAAUUCAAGAGAUUCUCAGGUUGUAUGUGGCAGCGACGGAAAAACCUACAGUUCCUCUUGCGAUUUACGACGGUCUGCUUGCAAGCUUCAGAGAGAUAUUGUUCUCCAAGGUUUCGGUUCUUGUAAAGAUGACAUCCAAAGUACUGACUGGCCCUACAGCGGUGUGAAUCCUAAACAAUUCACCCAGCCAGACGAAAUAAGCUCUCCUCUGUCCAAAUCCACCCGUCACCUCCUGGUUCCGGAUCCCAGAUACUAUUAUGAAAGAAGCAGUAACGUGCAUCCGGUAUCAUUUCCUGGUACUGACUUCGGUGGAAAUGAGCCCAACACUAACAUGUUAUACCGCAAUCGUGGUAAUGAGUUUGCUCCAGCGUACCGACCCACUCCAGCUACCGUGCGUGUGUUGACGGCCUUAUUGGGCGAUAUCUGUUCGGAAAAUAGUGACUGCCUCAUCAUGAACAGUCAUUGUGUUAAAGGAGCCUGUAUUUGCGUUUCCAACUACAUCGAAUCAUCAGACCGACAAGACUGUUUGGCAAAUUCUGCCGACAUGGAUGAGUUUCCAGCCUGCAGCAGCUCUCCUUGUAAUCACGGGGGAACUUGUAUCGACCUUCCUGCUUCAACAUAUGCAUGUGUCUGCACAGCUAAUUUUACUGGGUUGCUUUGUGAACUUGAAAUUACUCUUACUCAAUAUGAAACGCCAGCAUUUCACGGCAAAUCCUAUGCACGACUUAGGUCGCUUAAAGCCUACCACAAACUAAGCAUAGAAGUAGAAUUCCAGUCAUACACAGAAGAUGGAGUAAUAUUAUACAAUCAACAGAAGGCAGAUGGUUUAGGUGAUUUCGUUUCACUUGCUAUUAUAAACGGCUUCGUUGAAUUUAAAUACAAUCUAGGAAAUGGAGCUGUAUUAAUAAGAUCUGUUGACAAAAUCAAAAAGGGUGAAGAUCAUAAGGUUGUUAUCAGGAGGUACCAUAGGGAUGGCGUGUUGAAGUUAGACGAAUCUGAAGAAAUUACUGGACAAUCAAGUGGAUCACUAAAAGCUUUAGAUUUAUUAGAAGACGCUUUCAUUGGAUACGUUCCAACAAAUUACACAAGAGUUUAUGAUAACAUCGGUACAUCAAAGGGAUUCCAAGGAUGCAUUAAGAAGCUGAGAAUCGGUAGACAGGAAGUAGAAAUUCAUAUGAGACAGGAGGAAUGGGUUUUAGAAGUGAGUGGUAUUUACGACUGCUCAGAUCACGCUUGCAAAGUUUCGCCAUGUCAAAAUAAAGGAAAAUGUUUAGAAUCUGACCAAUUAUUUCAAUGUGAUUGUCCGCCAAAAUUUACUGGAGAGUACUGUGAAAAGUUUGAAGGUCCUUGUAUAGGAGAGCAGUGUAUGUUUGCAACUGAUUGUCAGAAUAAGAAACUGGGGAUACCUUGUCAAGAAGAUUUCAAAAACUUGCAUAACCUUAUACCAGAGUUUAACGGUAACAGUUAUAUACAGUUUCCAAAACUUCAAGGUAUCAAGAAAAGAUUUACAAUGGAAAUAAUUUUCAAAACUACAGCAGCCAAUGGUCUUAUUAUUUACAAUGGACAAAUGAAAAAUGGCAAAGGAGAUUUUAUUUCUUUAAAUAUUGCUAGGGGAUAUCUUCAAUUUAGGUUUAACUUGGGAAGUGGAAUCGCCAAUUUAACAAGUUCCAACCCAGUUACACAAAAUAAGUGGCACAGAGUUGUAAUAUCACGUGAAGGAAGAGAAGGCAGAUUACAAGUCGACAAUUCUACAGAAAUUCGAGGAUACUCAGGGACUCCAUUAACAGAACUCAAUUUAGAAACUCCGCUUUACAUCGGCUCAAUUAAUAACUGGAAACAAAUACACCGACUUUCUGGAGCUUCGAAGGGUUUUAAAGGCAUUAUUCAAAAAGUAACGUUCAAUCACAUUCCCCUGCACAUUUCAAGCCCAUUACCAGAUUGUACACCAGCAAUUCCACAGAAUGAUUCCCAAUGCGUUUCCAAUAUUGCCUACUACGAAGGCACACCUUGUCCACCAGGUAACAAUCCCUGCCUAAACAAUGGAAUAUGCGUUCCAGAACUGGACAACUUUACUUGUAAAUGCAACGGAAAAUACAAGGGAAGAUACUGUGAAACAAUAGACGAAGAAAAUAUUUCGAUAAAAUUGAACGGCGCUACAUAUCUUCAGUAUACAAACAGGGGAUACAGAAGCGAAAAUUUAACGAACGUUACUGACAACGAUGAAGAAAUUCAAAACAAAACUAUAGAAGAUGAAGAGAUCGAACAUGACAACGAUUUUUUAGAUGAACAUACAUUUGAUUAUGACGUAGAGGAUUUAGAAUUUUCUUAUGAUUUUAGAAGGAAACCCGAACGUGGAAAUAGAUAUGAACUCAAGAUACGCACAUUUAGAUCAGAAGGUCUAAUAUUAUGGAGAAGUAAGAAUAGAAAUCAGCUCCAAAACUAUCUAUCCAUUGCCAUAGUAGACGGAUAUCCAGAACUAAGCUUUAAUUUGGGACAUAACGAACCAUUCUGGGCAAUAAGAUCACGUACUAAAGUAGAUGAUGGUGAAUGGCAUUUAAUUCAAGUAAGACGCAGAAAACGAAUGGGAUUCAUUUCUGUAGACGGUCAUAAUACAAAUAAAGGAGUUGCCAAAACAGGAGCCAUUGCUCUUAGAACUAAUUCUAAACUUUGGAUUGGAGGUACUUCAACAUUACCGCUAGGCCUACCCAGCUCAUACUACAAAGGCUUCGAAGGCUGCAUCCAGAAGAUCCUCAUCCACGGCAAACCUAUAGACUUACUAGCUAAUAAUGAUAUAAGUAAAAUUAAUUUUUGCCAUGACAAUGAAAUAUAGGGAUAAGAAAAAUCUAAAACACUUUUUACAAAGUCUUUGUAGAACUAAAGAUUUUAAAAUAUGAGACUGAUUUAUACUCUAAAAUUUCUGAAAAAGGUUUAGUCAUCACAAAUGGCGAAAAAGAGCAAAUAUGCAGAAAGGCGUUAUUUCACUGUCUUGUACCUUUAUGUAUAUGGUUAUAAAAUGGAUUUAAAUGUAUGUGUUUGAAGUUUAUAAGGUAAAACUAAGUAAAACAUUUAAUGUUAUUUCUUGUUUGUCCCUCUUCGCUUUAUCAAUAACUUAAUCUCUAGAUAUAGGAUGACAAACUAGUAUAAUGUACCACUGAGAUUUCCUCAUAAGAUAUUUGGGAAAUGAGCAUAAGGGUUUUAUUUUAUUCAUAUUUCGAUAUUUUGAUAUAAGGAUAUUUUACUAAAUGACAGGGAUUCUAGAAUAACCAAAUAAAAUAUCACUCUAUCUUCGCCCCGUUCCGGAGAAAGCUCCCUAUGCGACCGUUUGCAAGAGAUAUUGCAAAAGUAUCUAUUCGUUACAAAGUACUCGUUACUUACGAAUACCGAAAGUAACGAUUACUAUUACAGAGAGGCAAAUCGUUACUUUGAUUACUCUGAUUACUUCGUUACUUCGUACCAAUCGUAUCAGAGCAAGUAACGACUAUUGUAUCUACAACCAGUACACUUGAUUACUUUUUACCAAUCGUAUCCCAGCGAGUAACGGACGGAACCGGUAUUUUACGAGUGUUAUCGAAUAUCGUUAUCGGUAUGAAGCGUUUUAAGGGUGUGAGCCUCAGAGUAUCACACUGUGAGGGUGAGGAGAAGAUAGAUGAUGAAACAGAGGGGGGUAUAAUGGAGGUAAAAUAGAUAAUGUAUGUCAUUAACAAAGAUCGAAUGCCAGCACCCUAUAUUUCUAUCUAGAUCUAUAUCUAUACAAAAUAGAUAUAUACAAAAUACCUAUCUACUGAGAAAUACAAUUCUCGCUAUGAUUACCGGUACUCAAAUACAAAAGUAAUCAUAGUAAUCAAAGUAACGAAUACUGUAAAUGAUUACUUUAUACAAAAAUAACGAUUUGUAACGAAUACUCGAAAGUAACUAUAAUCAACAUCACUACCAUCUACAAGAGAAAUAAAAUUGUAUUUAUAACUAUCAUCAAAAUAUAUCAUUCCUGUUCUGAGGCAUAAUCCUGUUUCUAUGAGCUGUAUGGUUUUAAAGUCUAUCAGUAGGGUACUAACCUGGCUGUAGACCCUUAGAAUAUAAAAUAUGUAUAAUAGAGAAGUACCCCUAGAUAUCAUAAAAACUAUUGAAAACAUCUACCUAAACAACAAAAUGCAAGUCAGAAUAGAUGGACAACUUACAGAACCUAUAGAUAUAGGCAGCGGAAUAAGACAGAGAGACUGUCCUAUGCUCUUCAAUUUAAUCAUGGAUAAAAUCAUCAAAAACGUCAAAAAAUGAAGAGGAUAUACAAUGGGAAACAAAGAAGUAAAAAUACUCUGCUACGCAGACGAUGCAAUAUUGAUAACCCAAGAUGAAGAUAAUCAGCAAAGAUUAGUCCACAGAUUUAAGAUAAGAACAAAAGAAUUCAAUAGGACAAUUUCAUCUCAGAAAACUAUUAAUUAAAUACAAAAAUUAGUGCACACAUUUAAGAUCAGAGCAAAAGAAUUCAAUAGGACAAUUUCAUCUCAGAAAACUAAAAAAAUAGUAAUCAGUUAAGAACCAAUCAAAUGUAAAAUAGAAAUUGGUGGUAUCAGUAUUGAACAAGUAAUGUAAGUAAAAUACCUUGAAAUUACUUUGUCAAGUUACGGAUACCUGGACAAAGAAUUGAUAAAUCGAGUACAAAAAGCAAAUAGACUGGCAAGAUGCCGUAAUAACACUAUAAUAUGGUGAAACCGACAUAUUAACACUGAGAUGAAGUCAAGAAUUUAUAAAGCCAGUGUAAGACCAAUAAUCACAUACACAUCAGAAACAAGACCCGAUACAGCCACACGACAAAUACUACUGGAAACAACAGAGAUAAGAGUACUGAGAAGAAUUACAGGAAAUACGCUGAGAGAUCGAAAGAGGAGUGAAGACAUUAGAAGACAAUGUAACGUACACUUAACCAGAAUGAGGGAGACACAUGUGGUCAAAAUAGCAAGGGAUAAAUCACCAAUCGGUAGAAGAAGUAUCGGCCGACCGCGCAAAAGAUGGAGUGACAACCUUCCAUAGAGGUAUCAGUCCGCCAAUGAACAAGCAGAAUUGAUUGUAAAGAGGAAGAAGAAGAUAAAAAAUAUAUAAUAACAACACAGUAUAUACAAUAUCAACUACGCUACACUGAAUCAAUCUAUCUACAUAAUUACACACUCAGACUCGUAGUCCCCAAUCAAACAUCGACACACCGUUACCCUUCAGGCACUACCACUCGCUGCGGUCACAGUUCCGGCGGAACGCCUCAUCACUACAGAGCGCGUCCACCUUGGCAGGUUCCAAUUCACUCCAUUGCAUAUCUGCCGUUUGAGUUCUUCCCGGUUUAGUACACCAAAAGGAACUGACUUCAUGAUUCUCCUUCCUCGUCUUGAAUAUACUCUCGGUAGCCAUCACUACUUGGUUUCGCCGGAGAAAUGGAAAUUGCGCGAAUAUGGAAACGUGUCCGAUCCUCUGCUGUUGAUCUACCGAAGGCCGGGUUGCAGGCAUCUUAUCAUUACAACAUAUCAAAUUAAGAAUAUUCGGUUAGAAUCAAAAACAAAUUAUUGUGUUUUUAUAUUUUAUUGUAUUAUUAAACACGUUUUUCCACCAAAGACCUGCUGUCAAUCUUUAAAUUUCAACGUUUAUAAUCCAAAGAGUUAUUUGGUGAACAAAUGAAUCCUUUAAGAGAUUUUUAGACGUUAACAUUUCACUUUUGCCACUAAUCUUCUUAUUCUAGAUGGUAACCACAAAUUUAACUUUUGUAAAACAUAAGGGUACUUGUAUAAGUGAAAUAUUGUACUAGGUGAGUAAAUAGCGACGUGAUAUAACUACCUAUCAUAUCUACAAAAGAUAUAUCAACGUAGAAAGAGAUAAAACUGAAGUUUGUAUUGAUGGUUUUCAUUUCUAUUUUGGAUAACGUUUUUAAACCAGAUACUAUUAACUCACCUUGUUUAAACGCACUGUACAUUAAGUGUUAAAGAUGUAAAUAGGUAUUUAAAAAACUAGAGUAGAUUAAAACUGUAUCAGUUCCACUAUUCUUUGUAGCGUACAUGUAUGGAGAUUGCGUUAAAACUCUCGAAACACUAGAUAAAUAAAAACGCGUUUCAUAUCUCUACCUACAGUGUCCUCUUCAUAAGCAAAGAUUUUAUUAAAAUCUCCUUUUUUAUUAGAGAGAACUGUUUAAAGCCAGCACUUAACACCGGUUUAAAUCAAAGAUUGUUAAAAAGUUCAGUUCUUUGUCACAGUAUUGUCAAAUGCUUGUGUAAAUAACAUACGAAAAGGGACAUUCAGACGUCGGCGUCGUCUAACCUGCCAUUCUGUGACACGUGUUCGCUAUUUUUAGCUCUUCAGACCGAACUUGCUGGAAAGAAAAGGUAAAGAGAAUAUCCUUUCGUAUAUUGGUGUUGAAUGCACAACCAUGCAGUCAUUCACUGACUGAGUAUUUUUCUUUCACAGUUUACCUUAAAGGCUGAUUUAUCUUACGACGGGACCGAUGUCUUACGGGGCACGUUGAAGAAUCGUGUGAUAUGAAAAGCAUUGGCUAGUUUAUAGUACAACGGAAUGAUGCGACAACGUGGGCGUGCGCCGUCUAUUAGUUCUACGGCCCGUGCCUUCCACGUCCCGUCAUAAGAUAAAUCAGCCUUAAUCGCUAUCGACACUCACUUCAUCUUUCCUUGUUAGAAGUCACUAAAUGGGUAUUAUGCGACUUUGGUACUUAUAUUAUUUUACUAUAAUUACCAAGCAGCCGGUGCGUUUUGAUUCAAUUCAGUCAUUUUACAAGCCUCUCUGAUGACGGCUAGAAAUAGACACACCGUCAGAGGAUGGUAAAAGACUUCAAUUGAAUCGAAACGCAAUCGUCUAUAUCUAUUUUAUUGUUCUUAACAUAAACAUAUCCACGCAGAAAACAAAAUGCAUUACCAUUGCGAAAGAUCCAAUUAGAUGCAAGCUCAUGGUAGAAGGGAAACGCAUAGAUCAGCUAAACCAGUUCAAAUAUCUAGGUUUAGAUUUAUCAAGUUAUCAUGACCCAGCCAGAGACCUAAGAGGACAAAUAAACAAGGCCGCAGUCAUGUCCGGUUGUUUGAGAGAUGUGGUCUGGAAUAAUCCAUAUAUGAGAAUUGACAGCAAAGUUAGAAUUUAUAAAACUUGCGUCAGACCUGUUAUGACCUAUUUUUUUCCUGGAAGCCGUCUGUUGUGAACCGGUUGUACUGCAGCCGCUUGGCUUAUUGUUCAUCUUCCAUUCGUUUAUGAAACCCAUUCCAGGAUUCUGGAACCCUGUACCAGCUUGUACAGGUCUAGUGGGUGGGUGCCAUAUAAAUUUGGAGUCACUUCGAUGUCUCCGAAAAGUGUUUGCCACCUCCGAUCCAAUGCCUCACAGUCAUGCAAAAUAUGGUUGACUGUUUCAGGUUCUCUGUUACAGUCUGCAGCUCAAGUCUCCAUGAAACAGCACCAUUGUAUGCAGGUGACCCUUAACUAGCGCAUGUCCAGUGAGGAAACCUGUUAUGACUCUGAGCUGAUUCCUGCUUGUUUUCAGCAGUAACUCAGCCCUACUAGCACAUGUCCGUGCGAUAUAUCUUGCCAUAUGUUUGACCGGGUACACUCUCCCAGUGUGAGUUGUGCUGGCUUCGGAUCCAGGCUUUUUCGUUCGCGGACGGUGCUUUUUGGCACUCCCACGGCCGGCUCUGGACCCAGGUAUUUUGUAGCUGAUGCUCUCUUGGCAAGUGCAUCAGCUCUUUCAUUGUCGUAUAUGCCUCGAUGACCUGGAACCCAUACCAGUAUAACACUGUUAUAUUAUGCCAGUCUGUCAAGUUCUUGUCGACAUUCCCACACCAGCUUAGAGUUCACCUUAGGGCUUAUAAGAGCCCCAAUGGCUGCUUGGCUAUCUGUGCUUAUGUUAACCCGCUGCAGUUCGAAUGCCCUUAGGUUGUUUUCUCUUGCACACUGCAAGAUUGCAAAAAUCUCUGCCUGAAAUACGGAGGUAUAUUCUCCCAGUGGAAUAGAAAUGUUGAUAUUUCCACCACUACAGAAUAUUCCUGCGCCCGAACCGUCUGCAGUUUUAGAAUCGUCCGUAUACCAGGUGUAACUCUGCAGUCUGGAUCGAGAUUUUCCUCUGUCCCAUUAGUCUUGUGGGCAAAUGUCCACUUGAAAAGGUACUUGAGGCUUGUAUCUUGAUGUCAUAUGGUCAGAAAUCAUCAUCCAUUCGGCAUCAUUAGUUUCAUGUUAUGACCAUGGUAUUGAAUCAAGAGAAGACACCAAUAAAACCAAAAGCAUGCUACGAACAGCCGAAAUUAAGACACUAAGAGCAAUUGCAGGGAUAGAGUACGAAACAACAUCAUCAGGGAACAAUGUGGGAUGCAAGAUGUAGUAAGAUGGGGUAGGCAAAGACGAAGAGAAUGGUUCAGUCAUGCAAAAAGAAUGGAGGUGCGCGGACUAAUUGCGCUAGAAGAAAAUCCAGCUGGCAAGCGUCCACCGGGGAGACCACCAAAGAGAUGAAGAGAUAGCUGGCAGUCUACCUCUCAAGAAAUACUUCAACGUUGAAAUUAACAGAUCGACAGAUCUGCAACAAGUAUAAGAAGAAAAAGAAGACAUUUAUGUAACACAAAAAUAUAAUGA